GACCCCAGGUAUCUCUCUGAUCUCGUUCCCGAACCCGAAAUAAUCUGCUUGUGUGGAGUUCGCGGUGGAGUUGGACGUGUUUGACGACGGCCGUGCUCAAUUGGUGUAAAAUUCGUUUUCAGAUGUACCAAACGAUGAGUUGAGCCUUUUACCGUGGAUACGUUUCUCCGCCGAGAUGUCUCAUACGACUUCUAAGGAACGGUCCUAGAACGGAAAACUGUGCGCGAAGCCUGCGGCCGACCAUGUCUGAAGCCGGCUCCACGUUGAUCGAAGGGGUGGGCGACGAAGUCGUCCUCUUCACGUCCAUCUCGCUGACGUUCGCGGUACUGGCUGUCACGGCGCUCUACUUCCAGUACGCUUUCCAGUCUGGCCAGCGUCCACGGAGAGAGCCAUCGCCAACGCAGAACCGGCACCAGCGGAGCGACGGCCAAGUUGUUCCAAACCAGAAUGGGAAUAGUUCUUUGCCGACCCAAGCGACGCUUGCCCGAGCCUCCCCAGAGUCAACAAGAAGCGGGCCCGCAACGAGCAAACCGAACGGAGCUCCAAAAUGUGCCGGCACAUCGAGGUCGGCCACGGCAGACUGUGCCGUGGGCCAAACCACAAAAGAAGAGGCUGGGGAUGUGGAAGAAGUGCCCGAGCACAGCGACGCCCUGCGCCAACGUCGCCUUGAGUUCUACGAGAGGCGCGAACGCUCCGAGAGCCUGGGCAGCAGUUCGGCCGACGAGGCGGAGAGGGUCCCUGAAUUGCCGCCAGGGGAUGCGAAGGUGGAGCCCGACGAGGAAGAGGUUCAAGAGGAGGACGGGGUCGCGAUACGCCUCAAGUACCUGAACGACACAGAGCGCUGCGUGAGGGGCAGGCUCGACGAGACGGUCGGCGCUUUCAAAAGGCGCCACUUCGCUCCGGAGCUGGCCGAUCAGCGGUUGGUGCGCCUCAUCUUCAACGGCGGUCAGCUCCGCGAGGACAGCGCGACCCUGUCCUCGUGCGGCCUGUGCGAGGGGUGUGUUGUGCAUGUGCACAUCUCCACGACGCCCGUGCCACCUGGGGACUCUCCAUCCGCCAACGGUAACGAGGGCGACCUCAACCUGAGCGGCCUCAUGUGGCCGCUCUUUGCGGCCAUCUUGGGCAUCCUCUGGGUGCUUCACUUUCAGUACCAGGAGCUCUUUAACACUUCCACCACUGUUGUGCUCGUGGGCAUCUCUGGACUCUUUUGCGUCGGACUGUACGGACAGCACUACCCGCAGUCUCCUCCGCAGACUGAUCAAGUGCGGCCGAAUCCGCUGCCGACGCGAUAGCAGACGACGCGGAGGUCUCUGGUGGAUUCGGGACGGCUCAAGACGCCGCCGGAACAAAGCGCCUUCUUCUGUUCGGUGGCUGUUGGCACGUUUGGGUUCUUUUUCUCGGUCGCAAAUGUGUCCAAUGUUUUUCGUGCCGGUUGUGGGCCGUCGAGUCAAGCCUGCAAACGCUACUGUAGUAGAUUUCGAGGAAGUGGUUGCAAGUGAUCCAAACAUCCGGCGCUUGAUGUUUUGCAAGCUUCUUCGAUCGUUGGACAGUACUGCAGAGAAAUGCAAGCUUCUUCGAUCGUUGGACAGUACUGCGGAGCUAUGAAAUUGAGGCACGUGGUUAGGACAGUAGCACGCUGGGAGGGUAUGCGUGAUCUGGACUGGAUGCAGGUGCCGCGAUUGAGCACUUUUGCUGGUGUUAUAUUUGUUAACGUUUACGGAAUGUUUGGUACCGAAUCACGAAGAUUGUGCAGCAGCAACUGGUGGCUGGGUGAUGCUUGCAAUGGGUUUGCGUGCGAUGGAAUGCGUCGAGAUAAUGCUACGGAAAGCGCACAAUUCCUCACUUUUGCCGUUCACGAGAGCAAAUGCCAGCAAUGGCAUUGGUGAUGGAUACAAACUUUCUGUACGCCUGGCUGUCUAUCCCCCCCGUCGGUUUGUUUCCUGCACCUUCUGUUUCACGCCGGUUUUCAGUUGUCGGCAGGAGCGCCUUGAGAUUGCUGGUUAUUGUGUUGCUACAAACAUACCUGUAAAAGUUUUGUUGUGCAUAAAAAGAAGGAAAGAAAUCAGUCUGCUGUUUGUGGUGUACAAGAUUGUUUCUGAAGUGCUGCAAAUUGUACAUGGUGGGCAGCACUGCCAAUGCUUCAAGAUUUAGUGCACUUUGAAGCUUUAAAUAAAACCAAGCGUUCUUGGCACUUUGCAGAGAUUGGAUAUGCACGAUACAAGCUGAGGGCAUGCCAGCACAGCUGGUACUCAUGCCGAAUGGAAGUCUACACUGAAGAUUUCCAAGCCUAGGCCUUUGAAUGUGCAUCUGGUGGCAUACCUGUCGGAACUGUUCUUAUGAGACUACCAAAAUUUCCUAUACAAGCACUGGUCACAGGAUGAAUGGCAGAACAUUCAGUCACUUCGAAACCAGUAAUCUGCAUGUAGGCAAAUGAAAAAGCGCACUAAAAUAAUUUCCAAGUUCCUUCAGAGACCUAAAAGAGUCGAGACAACUAAAUCAACCAAAUAUAAAAAGACAUAAUUUUGCUUUACCUCACUUUAGCCAAAAAAAGAUUAAAUUAAAAAUAUUAACAUCCUUCUCUUUUGCACUCUUGCCUUCUUAUGGGGUGUUCAUUUGUUUUAUUACAUGCAACAAAGAAACCGGCUCCUGCACUUUUUUUUCUUCCUGUGUUUGAAAGUGCAAGGUAAUACUUUUGAGUAUUGGGCUCAUUCGAUUUACCUGCACCAGCUGCACUUGGUGCACACCGCCAUAUUCUGUUUGAGUGCAGCCUAUCUGAAAACACAACCUCAAGUACACUGCUUUGCACUUUUCUGCACCGUGCCACAAUUUUCUGCACCGGUGCAGGUAAUCGAAUAAGCCCUCUACACUUGAGAUGUUUUAAAGGUGCCACAUUCUUAUAUUAGAACUUAAUUUGGACAAAUUUGAAAUAUUCAGUGCAGUUUUUAAGUUUUAAGCAAUUACCAAACAUUCCUUUGGACACUAACACACUGAAGCCCACUUAAUAAGCUGCUCCCCAUUUUUGUUCUUGGCUACUUGCCUAUCUUAUCUGCAGUUGAGGGGGGACACUACCCAGAAAAACAAUUUGUGCAAAAAAAGAGUCAAUUUUGAAAAAUGCCAUAUUUACAUCCUUCAACAUCUAGAGAUUAUUCCCAGAAAGUUUCAUUAGUUUACACUGCAUAGCUAUCUUUUAAUAAAAUAUUUUCCGUCCACCAAUGGUAAAGAAAAGUAAUGGGUUAGAGCACUUUGAACACAUUUCUCUCCAUUCCACUUUUUGCCAUAAAUUUCACUUUAGGAAAACUAUCCUUUGUUAAUGGGGCAAGAAGAAAGACCCUCUCAUUGUUUUUCCUAACUUGGAAUUUAAUGGGCAAUGCAACUGUAGAAUUUUUUUUUUUUACUUUGAGGAUGUCCGUUUUAAAAGAUCAAAUUUUGUCGACAACAUAAAAGAAAAAUUUAAUUCGAUUUUUCACUGCGAUGUUAGCAUAAAAUAAAUUGUUUUGGAAA